AUGAAAACGGCCACCUCAAGCAAAUACAAACACACUUCAUCACCGCGCUACUUACUCCAUCCCUCCAUCUCCACCUCAAGUUGUAUUUUCUGUUCUGCUGCCUCUCCCGGGCGGUGUAAUCGAGACAAGCCACCGUGCAAAUAUUUCCACCCACCACAACACCUGAAGGACCAGCUCCUUAUUAAUGGUAGAAAUCACCUUGCACUUAAAAAUGCCUUGAUGCAGCAAAUGGGUCUCACACCAGGACAGCCAUUAGUACCUGGUCAGGUACCUACUGCAGUUGCAGCAACGACACCUUACCUUGCUGGUGUCCCACAGGUUGGAAGCACAUUCUCACCUUAUUUUUCACCUGGUCCUAUCAUGCCCCUCACAGUUGGACCUGAUCCCACAGCGCCCCUUAGUAUGGCAGUCCAACAAACUGCUGUAGUAACACAACAGAAGAUGCCUCGCACAGACCGUCUGGAGGUGUGUAGGGAGUGGCAGCGGGGGUGCUGCCAGCGGCUAGAGUGUCGGUACGCCCACCCUAGCGCACCAGUCAGCCCUGCUCCGGACAACACUGUCACCGUCUGCAUGGACGCCCUCAACGGACGCUGCCUCCGUGAUCCCUGCCGUUAUUUCCACCCCCCGCUCCACCUUCAGGCCCUUAUCAAGGCCGCUCACUCGGUACGCAAUGCCACCUCACCAUGGGUGGCAGACACUUGCUUUACUUUUUCUUCUUGCUACCACAGUGUCGCACUAUAA